AUGUUCAGCAAGCACCACAGCAACAACGAAGUGACCAACAUUACCAUUUCCGCCAACGGACUCCUCCCGGCGCUCGACAUCAAAAGCUGCAUGCCCCCGCGCCCCACCGCACCGCACCUGACAGCAGCCCCUUGCGACCCUUCGCCGCCACUGCCAAUUCACGGCACAGGCACUCUGAAACUCAUCACGGACCUGGCUGCAGUCCUGGGCAGGGGCCAGUUCUCAACAGUCUACCGCGGCAUGCUCCUCCAGACCGACGGGCCAGCGAGAGAGUGUGCGGUGAAGGUGCCGCAUACAAACAGCCUGGAUGCGCGUGAGCUGGUUCUCGUCGAGGCUGCAGGGCUGGCACUGCUGGGGCUGCAGGCGCCCGGCAUCGUGCAGUGCUUCGGCAUGGUGGACCUAGGCGCAGCCACGGACACAGGUUGCACGGUUGUCGGGUGGGCAGACGCCGGCAGAGCGGCGGUUUCCGGGAGCGGUCAUUGGGCGGAGGUUCUGGAGCUAUGCGAGAAUGGCAACUGCUGGGAGUGGAUGCAGGCGAAUCGAGCGGCGAUGGACGCCGAGCGGUUCUUCGUAUGGGCGCGGCAACUGGCCGUAGCACUAGGCGUGCUGGCGGACGCCGGCAUGGCGCACAAAGACAUCAAGCCGCAUAACUUGCUGAUUGACCGCAGCGGCAACGUGCGCUUGGCCGACUUUACCGCCACAGAGUUCUCCCCAGAGGCCAUUGCCCAGAUGCAGCGCGUCUGCCCAGAGUUCUGCCCCGAAGAAUUGCCGGCCUACACGGACUUUAGCGGCACCAUUCCGUACAGUGCACCCGAGGCCCUGCAGUUCACACCUGGCGCGCGCAGUGAUGCCGGGGCACUGCACAAGAUGGAUAUUUUUUCCGCCGGCGUCACCCUGUACACCCUGUUUGUCAGCGGGCUGGAGCCAUACGCGGCCGUGAAGAGCAGCGUUGAGCAGAUGCAUUUGGCUGCUCGGGGUGCCUUCUGGGAGUGGGAGGACCGCCAGUAUUUGGCCGGGCUGCCUAAUCGCGCGGCGGAGACUGCGCCACCGUCGCCUAUUGACGCUGUGCCGCCGGUGCUGGACGAUGGCGCGCUAGGGCGGAGCCUAAGCCUCGGCAGGAGGCGCACGCUGAGGCGGAGGAAGGCGCAGCCGAGGGAGUUUAAGCGCUUUUUGUCUGGCGAUUUGCUGCCUGAGAACGUCGAGGCCCUGCUGAGGGACAUGCUGUGCCCCGAUCCGGCACUGCGGCCCGGUGCCAGGGAGGUGCUGAGGCGGCUGAAUGCCAUGGAGCCCGACAUCUUUGAGCCCGCCGACUAA